AAAAAAAUGGCCGUCUCCAUGACGCCGGCCAUGCAGGCCGAGAUUAGGAUCCUGCCGGGCAACGACAAGUGCGUCGACUGCGGCUCGAACCACCCGCAGUGGGCCUCGGUCACGUACGGCGCGCUCAUGUGCCUCGAGUGCUCGGGCGCGCAUAGGGGCAUGGGCGUGCACAUCUCCUUUGUCAGAAGCGUGACCAUGGACUCGUGGUCCGACAAGCAGCUCAAGAUGAUGACGCACUCGUCGAACGACGAGCUCGUGGCCUUCUGGAAGAAACACAAUGUCGACCCGCGCAUGCCCCACAACGCGAAGUACCACGAGCCCGCGUCGCAGCUGUACGCCGAUCGCCUGAAGGCGAAGGUGGAAGGGAGGCCGUUACCCACCAAAUUACCGGCUCGCCAAGCGGCGCCGACGUCUGCGUAUGAUGCCCCCGGUGGCGGGUCCAUGUCCGCGGGCGGGUUUGGUGGUGGCGACUCCAAAGGAUCGGCGGCUUUGGCGGGCGAGACGACGGAGCAGUACGUCGCGCGCCAACGGCGCCUCCAGGCCGAGGCCCGCGCGCGCAUGCGCGCCAAGUUUGGUGGUGGUGGUGCCAUGGGCGGCGUCGGCUCAAAUAGUGAUUAUGACCCCAAGACGGGUACUUAUGGAGGUGGCGGUUUAGCAGGAUUAGGCCAGGGCGACAUCUCACUCAACAACGUGCAGGACGCUUUAGGGCAAGGUGUGGGCAAGCUGCGGUCCUGGGGGUCUCAAUUAGCAGAGGAGGAAACUGUACGGGACCUGGGCUCGAAGACGGGCGAGGUCGCGGGGGCGGCCUGGGGCGGCCUGAAGCGGUGGGGGUCCGUGCUGUCGGACAAGGUCAAAGAUCUAACCGUCGCGGACCCCGAGCCCGGCGCGCUGACGGCCGGUCUGGGCCAGUCGGGCCUGGCGCGCGGCUCGUCGUACGAGGGCUUCGGCGGCGGCGGUUCCUCGACGUCACUGCAAUCGAUGGGUUCCAACGGCGGCUCGUCGGGCUACCAGGCGUCGCAGGAGAACGGCUUCGGGAGCGGGAACAACCGCCUCCAGACGAUCCAGUCGCUGGGCUCGGACCCCGACGGCGCGUCGAUGCCGCGCAGCGCGUCGCAGCGGUCCUUCGCGUCCUCGGGCUCGGGCGGCUCGCGCGGCCGCGCGUCGCCGCCGGCGCCGCCCGCGCCGGCGCAGACGGCGCGGACGACGUCGUCGCCCGUGCCGCCGCCCGCGCCGGACCUCGCGGCGGGGCGGUCGGCCUCGGUGCCGUCAGCAAAGCCGUCGGCGCGGAAGGCCAAGAAACUCGAAGUGGACCCGGACAAGGACUUCUUCGACUCGUUCGGCGUGUGA